AUGUUCGUCUCGACCUCUCUCGCUCUCGCUGCGCUGGCCGCCGUGUCGGUCUCUGCACAAGGCAUCAUCGACAACAUGGCCGCUUUCACGCAACUCACGGCCGCCGCCGACACCUUCGACGGCGAUUACUACGUCAAAAACGCUGCGACGGGCAAAUACCUGUUCUUCGACCGCGACUCGGACACGACCAACCUCGUCACAGGCGACGCGCCGACGCCCAUCACGCUCGGCCACGACUCGCAGUACGGCCAGUCUGGGCGAAAGAACGAGCACUGGGAGGGCACGUUCUUCACCGGUCUCACCAAGUGCAUGUCGGCGCAAUGGGACGAGAGUAACGGCCACGACUAUGCCGCCGUGUCGUACGCUUGCAAGGUCGGCGAGGACCCGACUGGCACCGAGUCGCUCGAGGUUGCGAAACAGUUCUGGCGAGUCGUGCCCUGCGGCUCCUCUUCCUCCGACUCCGCGUCAACCGCCGAGUUCAAGCUCAACGCCGUUCAGUCCAAGACCUCGAAGACUACCGCCUCGUUCUCCUCCCCUGCGUCUUCGACCACCGAAUCCUCCUCGUCUCCCGCCGCGACCAAGUCCUCGCACAAGGUCGACCCGAACGACCGCCGCACUUGGGUCUGCCGCCAUACCGGCGCCUGGCUCGCCGAGCACCCCGACUACGUCUACAAGCUCGGCAAGAUCGAGUGCGAGGAGCGGCUCAAGUCGUACCUCGCGUCGCACCCGCAGCUCAAGAUCAACGCCGUCGCGUCGUCCGGCUCGAAGAUCAACUCCCACGACCGCACGACUUGGAAGUGUGGCCACACCGGCAAAUGGCUCGCUCGUCACCCCGACUACGUCUGGAAGGCGGGCAAGAUCGAGUGCCGUGAGCGCCUGCUCGAGUACCAAGCCUCGCACCAGUCUAAGCGUCGCUCGCUGCCCGAGUCGGUCUCGAGCCUCACGAAGCGCGCGAGCAACACGUACUGCAUCGUUGCUGUCGACCACUUGACCGACAUGGCGACCAAGGCGCUCAUGCCCAACCGGAUCGACACAUUCGGCGGCUACGUCUCGCUCAAGCUGGCCGACUACGACAAGUCUGCGGAGGAGCAGCAAUGGGUCAUCACAAAGGCUUGA